AUCAACAAAUUCUGAAAACACAUCUUUGAAAAAUCAAUUUUUUCAACAAUACGAAAAUACAUAUCAAGUUUUUAUUAUGGAUACAACGCCAGUUUUUUCUGGAAAAUCUCGUUUCAGUUUUCUGGAUAAAUCGAUUGAAAAAACUAAAUCAAGAUCGGAUCAAAUUAGUUUAAGUGCAUUUGCUUUUUUAUUUGCCGAAUUAGUUCAAUAUUGUGAAAAUAGUGUACAAUUAGCAUCAGAAAUGCAAUCAAAAUUAUCGGAAAUUGGCUAUAAUGUUGGUCAACGGAUUGUUGAUAUGAUGUUGAUACGCGACAAAAAUUUUAAACGUGAAACACGCCUUAUCAAUAUGCUAAUAUUUAUACGAAGCAAAGUAUGGCCAAUGUUGUUUAAUAAAGAAGCGGAUAAAUUGGAACAAGCUAAUGAUGAUAAAAAUACAUAUUAUAUAAUAGAACGUGAACCAAUAGUAAAUAAAUUCAUAUCGGUACCAAAGGAUAAAAAAUACAUUAAUUGUGCCGCUUUUAUUGGUGGUAUAAUCGAAGCCAUAUUGAACGAGUGUAAUUUUCCAGCAAAAAUCACUGUACAUUGGCACGAAGGAACCACUUUUAUGAUCAAAUUUGAUGAUUCUGUUAUCGAAAGAGAUCAACUACUUGAAAAAUGAUCUCGUCAUAAAAUGUAAAUGUGUUUUUUUGUCUAUGUUUUUUUUUACAAUCUGGUCGUCCUUAUAUUAGGAGGAAAGGAGUGUAUUUGUAACAAAAAUUUCAUUUGCAUAGUAUUAAAAAUAUCCGAAAAUGUUUUUGUUUUCUGAAAUGAA